CAUUUCACUUGGUUCAAAUCGAAAGGAUGUAGUUAGAAACACUAGGAAAGACCUAAAUCUCAAUUCGAUAAAGAUAACCAAUGAUACAAUUAUAAAUACGUCUGAAACAGUAAGACGAAGCUAGUGAUAUCUUACGAAAGAUCAGUAUCAACAAGAUGUAACAGGAAGAUUUUGAUCUCUGUCGGCAGCUUCCAAUGUCAAGUGUCCGAAAAAUAAAGAUUGUUAAACAAAUCACUUUCACAAGGUUCGUGAGCAAGUCGAUAAAAUUCGAUUAUCGUGGAAUAUAAAAGAUAUUCUCCUAUUAGGACAGCGAUCUAUCUAUUUGCCGAUUUUUACUAGACCAACGUCGCAUACACUCACGAGAUGAAAGUGGCUCUGUUGUUUUUCAUCGCCUUGAUAUGUGGUACAUACGCAAUCAAUGAUGAGGAUGCUAUCCAGAAAUGGUCACAAUUUCAGAAAACCUUUGGUAGAUCUUACCGAUCGUCCUUAGAAGAAAGGAGACGUUUCGCCAUCUUCAAGGACAACCUCGAGAGUAUUGAGGCUCACAACGAACUUUACAAGCAGGGAAAAACCACCUAUGAACAGGGUAUUAAUCAGUUCGCCGACUGGACAGUGGAGGAAUUCAAGGAAUACGUCGACAGGGGUAAGGUCCAAAGAAGACCUCUUCUUCGAGCUUCCAGCUUCAACAGGACCGCAGGUUUCACUGCUCCUACUUCGAUCGAUUGGAGGGCCAAAAAUGCCGUCACCUCCGUGAAGAACCAGGGAUACACCUGCGCGUCUUGCUGGGCUUUCUCAGCUGCUGCCGCAGUGGAGAGCCAGCUGGCCAUCCACAAGGGUGACCUGGUGGACCUCAGCCCGCAAAACAUCGUCGACUGCACCCUCUACUACUCCGGCGGUUGCAGCGGAGGCCUCAUCGAACACGGCCUCGACUACAUCCAGUACUCGGGCAUCGAAACCUUGGCCGACUACCCGUACACCGGCGUCGAAGGACAGUGCAACGCUAACGCGCAGAAGGUCCACGCUCAGAUAUCCAGCUACGUCACCCUGCCGCCCAAGAACGAGCAAGCCCUUCAGGAGGCCCUAGCUACCGUGGGCCCGGUGGCAGUGUCCGUUGACUCCACCAUGGCGCUGAAGAGCUAUAUGGGUGGCAUCCUGCAGGACGACCUGUGCAACGAGGACCAUCUGAACCACGCGGUGCUGGCCGUAGGUUACGGAAGCGAAGACGGGGUCGAGUACUACAUCAUCAAGAACUCCUGGGGAUCGUACUGGGGGGAAGAUGGAUAUUUCAGGAUAUCCAGGAACGCCAACAAUAAAUGCGGCGUGGCCACGGAAGGGUUCUAUCCCGUGCUUUGAAUGAACGUUAGAUUAUGAUAAAUAGAUUCUUGAAAAAA